CUGCCCGGCCCCGGCCCCGCUCCGGGCCGUGAUCGCCGUGUCCCGGCCAUGAUCGCCGUGUCCCGGCCAUGAUCGCCGUGUCCAUCCCCGCGGCGGAGCCCCCGGCGGCGGCAGCGCGCAGCCCCGAGCGGGCGCACACGGUGUUCCGCGUGGAGGUGCUGUGCAAUGGCCGGCGGCACACGGUGACCAAGCGCUACAGCGAGUUCCAGGCGCUGCACAAGCGGAUCAAGAAGACCUGCAAGGUGCCCGACUUCCCCCCACGCCAUGUGCCCAACUGGAUGCCCAAAGCGCUGGAGCAGCGCCGGCAGGCCCUGGAGGUUUACCUGCAGGGUGUGCUGUACCACAACAAGGAGCUGCCCCAGGACAUCCUGGACUUCCUGAAGGUGCGGCGGUGCCAGCAGAGCCCCAAGGGCAGCAGCCCCCCCAGCACCAGACUCCUGCCCCCCCAGCGCCCCACCGUCGGCUUCUGCUCGGAUCCCUACGUGCGGCCACACGGCCCCGAGCUGCUCCCCAACACCGUCCUCAGCGGGGUCCUGCAGGGCCUCUACCUGCCCCUGAGCUGUGUCCCGGCCUGGCAGCACCCCCAGCCUCUGGAAUGAUGAGUUCCACCCAGCACCUGGGGAUGCAGUGGGGAGAGAAAGGAUCCUUGUGGUGAAACUCACCCCUGCCUGCUGGGAGAAGCUGAAGGGACGUUGGGAAUGCUCUCCCACCACCAUGCAAAGUGCCUUUGUUGGCAGAGCAGGAGCUCUGCCUUCCCCCCUGCUGCUGUGGGCUCGCAGAACGAGCCCUUGGAUGCUGAGUGGUGCUGGAAAACCUCCCUGCAUCCAGGCUUUGGUGCAAUAAAUCUCCUGGAUUUGACUGACUGGC